CAUCCGCUCAGAGCACAGACGGGACAAGGAGAGCAAUUCCAGCGCUGCUUAUUUGUCAAAGCCCCCCCCCAAAAAAAAAGCCUGAAGUGAAAAUGGUAAAGUACAUGCGACAGCACAGCGAGCUGAAACUCGAAGAGGUUCUGUCGGAGUCUGAUGUGUCCAUGGACCAGCAGGAUUUCGGAGAAUUGUCCGACUAUUCUUUCAGCGACGUUUUAUACUCCAAAUGUUCCGCAAUGGACCAAAUCGGCACUUUCAUGAAGAACGUGCAAGUGCUGCUCGAUGCAGCAAAUUACAUAGAAAAUGUCGAGAAGAACAACGGAAAAUGUGAGCAUGGUUAUGCCUCAACAUAUCCUGCAACUGAAACCGCACAGCAACAGAAACAGCGUAAAUUCAAGAACAGGAAAUUGGACAAUAUUCACAAUAGGUCAGCACACAAUGAACUGGAAAAGAAUAGACGAGCACAUCUCCGCCUGUGUUUGGAGAGGUUGAAGUCCCUCAUCCCUCUGGGACCAGACUGCAGUCGGCACACCACACUAGGACUGCUCAACAAGGCCAAAGUACAUAUCAAGAAACUUGAAGAGAUGGACCGGAGGAGUCUGCACCAGCUGGAGACCUUAGAGAGGGAGCAGAGGCACCUGCAGAGGCAGCUCUCCCAGCUGCAGCCUCAUGGAGACUGGGAGAGGGUCUGCCUGGGCUCCCGCAUGGACUCUGACCGCUCAGAGUCUGACAGAGCAGAGGAGAUUGAAGUUGAUGUGGAAAGCACCGAGUUCUCCCAUGGAGAAAUGGACAGCGUUAGCACCAGUGGUGCAAGUGACCUGGAUGACCACAGCAGCCGGCAGAGCUCAGCCAGUGAUGAGGGCUACUCCACAUGCAGUCUAAAACUGGCCUUCUCUGCUUAAAGCACCAGCCUAUGCUUUCACUUCAGCUGCAGUCUUUUAUGGCUUUCACCUUUUCAAAAGUACCAGCCUACAGCUCUCACUCUCCCUUUGCAGUUUAGGUUAACCGUGUUCAGAAGAAGACACAAGACUCAAUCCCAACCUUUUACCUGACAAAUUUAACGUCUACUCCACCCUUUGAACCAGCCUUACGUUCAACUCAAGUCUAAACGUUGAAAAUGUCUCCUUCCAAAAAAAACAACCAAGGGGCUCUUCUACAUCCGUCUGAAACAUUUUACACAACCGCCUCAAAUUUAACUGGCACUAUAGUUUCCUCGUUUUCAGAGUUGACUUAACCAAUCACCUGAAUGUCCCUUAUCCGUUUAACCAGCUUGAGAUCAACCCUACCUGCACUCAAUACUGACCCCCCGUAGACAACCCAUGACCACACCAGUGUCCAACACUGGGGGAACCUCUACCCUUUUUAGUCAAGUUGAUCCUCUGAAACCAGCAAAAAAAAAAAACACUUAAAACCCAAUACCAGCUAGAAGCUCACCAUUGGGAAUGUUUGCUCCAUUUGCCUUGUAAAAACAUUGCCCCAAUUCUUAGGAUAAUAUAUCCAGACAUCACUUCUUGUCAGUGUACAAGCCAGUGGCAAGGGCUACAAUGUCUGCAUUCCAAAAUGUUUAUUCCACUCCAACAACCUCUGCUUUAGGAGCCACAACCAUCACUGACCCAUGUGGCGUCCCGUCUCUUGACUGAAAUACAGUCGUAUCCAAACAGGUGGUGUAGUCCACACUUGUUAUUCUAAUUUAUUUUUCUUAUGAUUAUAGUAUUUAUUUUUUGGUAUAUUUAAUUUCACUGUAGCUAGGUCUUGGUUUUUUUAUGUUUACCAAAUUACAUGACAUGAAAAACAAUUAACCCCCGCAGCGCUAAAGGUUUAAUGCAUUACUCAAUGUUUUUGUUUAAAGAACACAUCUUUCACACUGCGCACAAAUUCAAUUUUAUUUUGAAAGUAAUAAGCUAUCCCACACUUGUCCAAGCACAAGGCUGAAAGCAAUAAAGCGUCUAGUUUUAUCAUAUAUUUUUUAUCGUCUGCUGUGUUUAUGGCACUAUUCUGUCCGUCCAACACCAAAUCGCAGUUUGCUAGUUUUCCACUUGCUCCAGUAGUAGUAGUAUCAGUUUUAAUAUUCAGCAGUAAAAAUGACUAAUUGAUUUUUAAAAGCUAUGGUGCAUGUGUAUUGAAUGUAGCUUGUCUAAUCAUGUUGUAAUGUGCUUUGGGUUGACAAGUCUUAAGAAAUGUCUGUAGCAUGAACAACACACACUACAGAAUACUCAUUUUGGUUUAUACUUCAAUGUUUACUACUGUAUAUUUUAUGUAUUGUAGCAGAAACAGAACAAGUUCAAAUCCUUGAAAUUUGGAGACUUUAACCCAUUAAUAAUUCAAUGUAUAUUUGACACAGAAUUGCACUGCUGACCUGUUAGAAUCCAUGAAACCAAAUAAGGCAUUUCAAUAUGACCAUUUAUCUGCAUUUUGUUUUGGUCCAAGUCCUAAGGAGAUCACCACCAAAUUGUGUCUUAACAUGGGUAUUGCACAAAGUUCCUUGUUACAGGUCUUUUUCCCCCCCCCCCAACCUGUUUGGGAAACUAUAAAAUGCACUAUGAAAAAGACUUUUGUUAAGGACAUGUCAAAGCACACCCCAGAAUGUUUUCUCUCGUGCUUAAUCAGCCAUCCAAUGUGACCUUUUGCAAAACAUGCUGCUGGUCCCCUGCUAGUACGAUGUUACCUGAUAACUGUCCCUGGAAUCUUAAUAAACCUGUACCACCCAGACAUAAA